GUUCAGCCUUAUUGCAUUAUCUUCCUUCUGACUACCGUCACGGCAGACUAAGCAUCCCACGAUCGUCGCUGCGCACAACAAUCCAGGAAAUAAUACUGCGUCAAUUUUCCGUCAUUAUUCCUAUCAUCGAUCAUAUGUCGAUAUGGCUGGAAGACAAUCAUGAACUAUAGAAUAAUGAACAUCGAAAACUGCUAUCUAAUUCGCCCGUCACUGCAGUACUAUAGCCGCGGAAAGGGUCGCAUAAAGGGAAAUCAAACGAAUACGCCCAGUGACUGAGUAUAUAACUAAGCUUACAAAGGUCCUUGGCCCUUCGUCGAAAUGCUGUUUACGAGGAAAGCCGCAACCGUCUGGCUUUUUCUUGCCUUUGAACGGGUUCUGACUGCACAGAUACCUCUGUCGAGUCAUACGCAUUCAUCCUUUUACCCGCCGGGGGUCGAUACUGAUCUUGGACAAUGGGACCUUGAUGAAGGACCUGUGGUGAACGCGACAGGACAUCUGGUGUUCGAAACGGCCAAUUCCCUGCUUCAACACUGGGCAAAUACUCGUCAUCGUAUUGGUCAUACAAUAGUCCCAGGGACUAUUCCCGUGGGCACUCUCCUCUAUCAUGGAGCCACCACCGGUCCACAUUUACCGACCGUCCUGGAUUGGGUGGCCGUAGAGCCAGACCACUCCAUACUUUUCUGCCAAGGGCCAAUCGAGACAGGGUGCUGGCACCUCACCCUUACAGUCACUCGGCCGAUGAAAGUGCUCUAUUUUGACGGAAGCAGCGCUGUGAACAUCCUUGAGGGCACCAUGGACACCCAAGAUCUUGUGGCAUGGUCGGAAAUGAAACCCGAGUGGGUGAAUAAUGAAGAGCAGCGCAUAAAGGAUCUGUGUAAAUGGGGUCAGAAGUAUGACGUAAAUGGCUUUGUGAGGAUGGAAAUGAAUUUUGAAAUCCUGAUUUGCAACUUCACCUCUCACAUGGAGGUCGUUUCGUUCUUAAAUCUCGAGAGCAUUCGCAUCGGCACAGACCCAACGGAUCUGCCACAGGACCCCAAUACUAGUCUGAUUUAUUCUCGGACAUCAGUGCAUUACGCUUUUGAAUUAAUGCACUCUGCUUCAUGGUACGAAAAUUAUCCAGGAGAAACCCGGAUUAUGCUUGAUUUUUCUGGGCUCGUUUCUUUCUAUGACACCGCUCUUGUUCCCUCCCUGGUGCCACGCCGUGUAGGCUUGGACCGGUGGGACCAUCGAGUAGGAGGAAUAUCAUUGGAGGAUAUAGAACAUGUCCAAGACAGGCUAGCUCAAGCGCUAGCACGACUGCCCUCGACAACCAGCGGCAUUGACUGGAAAACCGUUUUGCGCGUGGUGGUCGAUCGAUAUGCCAGCCGCCUGGAAUUCAUACAGCACCUUUUGGACCCAACGUUGGACGAUGGGUCAAUCUUUGACCACGCACAACAGAUUCAGAGACAACUGCGCACUGUCGUUCUGCCCUACACUGUGUUUGCAGCUCUGCCUCCCAAUAUUUCCGUCACCGUUAACGCGACAAAUUUGUGGGCUGCGCCAGUUUUUCGGGAAUGUGCUACAUCGCACGCGGCCUCCAUAGCGUUUCGUGGAACAACAUUGACGCCCUCCGAACGUUUACUCCUGCAGGCGGUGCGGGAAACUACGCAUGAAAUUUGUCGUGUCGCCACAAAAAUGUGGGCUGCCGGCAUGAAUUUUGGAGUUGAUGCUCUUUAUCCUGCGAAACAACGCCCUGAAGUUGAUCACAUACAUACUCUCAUGGGCGAAUGGAAGGAGGACGUGACACAGUUAAUCUCCUGGUUGGACUGGAGCGUGUGGGUGAAGUGCCGACCGGCCUGUGGUUUCGAGGAUAGGAUGGUUAAUGCAAAUGACCCCUCCGACUACAAUCUCAUCCGAUAG